AGUUGAGGCUCAAUCUCGGUGGACAGAUCACUCGGCGGCAUCCGAAUCCGGGAUAAGGUUGAGGAGAAACAUUACUCGAUCUUAUAUUUUAUACACAUAUUAUUCGUUAACAAUCUUUCGCGGUUAAUCGUGAUUUAGUCUGAGAUAACGAACCGAAUUCGGUGUUAUUUACUUGCAUUUUCCAAUCUUAUCUCCCCUUAUCAAACCUUCCGCAUUUAUUUAAUCCUUUUACCAAUUCUCUGUCAACCCUUCCUCUAGCCAAACGUAAAUUGAAAAUGGCAAAGGUAAUUGUAAUCGCGUUCCAUCUGCUAAUGGUGCUUCACUACGGCUAUUCCAUCAAGUUCUAUCUACUGGACCUUAAACCGCCAGAGUUCAUGAAAAAGGUCAAUGAUAUAUUCGGUGGACCUUUCAAGUUCCUGACCUUUUGGGAUAUGCUGGUGCAGUUCUUCUACUUCGUCGUCGCCUUCUCCAACGACCUCUUCGGCAGCAGCGCCCUGGAUCGCGAGAAGCAGUCCCUCCUGCAGAAGUUCCGGGAUUUCUCCUUCUCCACCGUCGUGUUCUUCUUGGGGAGCAUGGUGAGCAUCGUGUUCUGGUUGCUGUUCAACCUGAACCGCGACCUGAUCUUCCCCGAGCUGUUCGACGCGUGGUUCCCGUCCUGGCUGAACCACGCCAUCCACACCGUGCCCGUGGCUGGCGUGGUGGUGGAGCUGGUUCUGGUGCCCCAUGCGUUCCCGUCGAGAUCCGUUGGCUUCGCGAUGGUGGCUGGAGUGUGCUUCCUCUAUCUCGUUUGGGUCAGCUACAUCGCAUACCUGACGGGCUUCUGGGUAUAUCCUAUCCUGGAAACUUUGCCGAUGGCAGGACGCGCCCUUUUCAUAGGCGCCUGCAGUCUCCUGUGCAGUUUCAUGUACGUUGUAGGAGAGGGGCUAAACAACAAGUACUGGGGUGCUCCCAUCAAGAAGAAAGUGAAAUAAUCGCCAAAUAUAUUACUUCAAGAAAGCGCGCUCAGGGAACACGCAUCUCCGCUUGUCUUUUGUUUGUAAACGUUUGGCGAUCGUCACUUUUUUUUUUUUUAAGGUAUUCCAUUAAUAUAGAGUUUUGGAGUGCAUUUUAAUGUAUUUUGUCUAAAGUUUAUUUUUUUUCCUUUCCUGAAAACAAGGA